AUGGCAAGACCAAAACUGAAGCUUGCUUGGAUCGAGGAUCGAAAGAAAAGAAACAUUGCUUGCCAGAAGAGGAUGAAAGGAUUGAUGAAAAUGGCUGAAGAACUAACCAUCUUGUCUGAUACGAAGGCUUGCUUGACCUUUUUCAACCGUGAUGAUGGUAAGCUGGUGGCGUGGCCAUCUCAGGAGGAGGCUGAAUCUCUCAUCGAGCGUUUUUACGCAUUACCGGAAAACCAGAGGAACAUGAACGCGGAUGAUCAAGAGUCAUACAUCAAGACCAUUACCAAGAAGAUCGAGAAGAAACUAGAGCAUUCUCGGAAGGUGGUCGAGGAGUUGGAGAUGGAUCAUCUCAUGCUCCAAAUCCAAAAUGGUAGAAUGCUUGCUGACCUUUCUCAAACCGAGGUUGAGAAGUUAAUGUCAUAUGCAAGUAAGAAGAUCACGGUUUUGACGAGAGAGUUAGGUGCGGAACAUCCGUAUACAAGUGUCGACGAGCCAUUUCUUGGGGAUGAGAUCAUCCCAAAGGCUACGGGUGUUGCUGUUGCACCUGAAGGGGGACCAGGACCAUACUUGGACGCAAUCUAG